AAUUGGGUUUACUGUGGGGUCAGAGACUUUUCUCUAACUCACGAAGCAGCUCGAGAUCAUAUUUUUACCACAACAUUUGAAGAUUGAUUUUUCUUCUCAUCAACCAUUAAUUAAUCACACAAACCAAAACUCUUUUUUGUUCUUCGUUGACUUCAUGUUACAGAUGGAGAUGGAGAAACCAGACAAAUUGAAUCGAAGCGUCUCUCCAAUGGAGUCUCUUCCUUCUUCCUCUGCAGAGCUCGACGUGUUUCUCAGUUUCAGAGGCUUUGACACACGCAACAACUUCACCGGCCAUCUCCAAAAAGCCCUCCGCCUUAGAGGAAUAGACUCCUUCAUCGACGACAAACUCCGCCGAGGAGACGACCUCACUGCUCUUUUCGACAGAAUUGAGCAUUCAAAGAUUGCCAUCAUAGUCUUCUCCAAGAACUACUCGAACUCCGCGUGGUGCCUCCGAGAGCUUGUUAAGAUCCUAGAGUGCAGGGACAGAAACCAGCAGCUGGUGAUACCAAUCUUCUACAAAGUAGACAAGUCCGAAUUAAAGAAUGUUCCAAAGAAGAGUUUUACUGAAGUUAAGGAGGAAGAGACUUCAACGUGGGAAGCUGCACUGACCACAGCAUCCAACAUCUCCGGCUAUGUAGUCAAUGAGUUCAGACCAACAUUUAGUUACAGAAGAUCAGCCGGAAGGAGGAACUCCCUUAUCCAAAAAACUUAUCAGACCAACUACCCAAACAAAGCUACUUAUCACAUAAGAUUCAAAAAACUAGUCAUCGAUCACAUGGCAAUGAUCAACUAAGUGGAGGGCGAAGCUUACUCAUUCUCAAACAAUUCUCAUAGCCACAAGGGGCCACCAGCCGCAACAUAGGAUUGCAGAUAACCACCUUUCGCCGCACUUUGAGCUAUGAGGAAAGCCCCUAUGUUUGUUGAUCUAUCUUCUUUUACUACUCUCCACCAUUCCACUCUUCUCAAUCUUUUCUCCAGCUCAACAUAUUGUGCUUUGAAAUUACAUAGAUCUGUAUGAUUUUAUUAUAUAUUAUCAAAGUCACUAGUAAUAAAUAACUAAAUACUCCAAUGGUUUCAUUUUAAUUGUUUUGUGGACGUAGAUUAAUAAAACAUUUAAUUUCGUAUAUUUUAUAAAUAAAAAUAUCAUUACAUAUAUAUUCAACCACAUUCCAACCGAUUGAAAAAUAGAUUAGAAGAUAUAAUGAAUCAUAUAGUAUAUAAAGUUAAUAUAUUUUGCAUUGAUAAUUCUAAAACAACAUUUAUUUUGAAACUAAAAUUUUACACUACCUUAGCAACUAAAAUGAAAUUGAGGGAAUAUUUAUUACCUCAAAAUCUUAUACCGGCCUGACAUUGAUCUCUAUUUUUUAUAUACUUUGGUUAUUGACUUUUGUGGUUUCACUUUGUUCAUCUUCUUGUUUGAUAGUACGUCUGAAGCCAAACUUGUGGACGAGAUUGCUGUUGACACAUUCAAGAAACUGAAUGAUUUGGCCCCCAUUGGCAACGAAGGUCUGGUGGGAGUAGACUCACGUCUAGGGACUCUAGAAAAGCUUUUAUGUUGCGAUGAGGUGGACUCUGUUCAUGUCAUUGGCAUUAUUGGGAUGGGCGGAAUUGGUAAAACUACUCUUGCUGAUUGCUUGUAUGGACGAAUGCGAGGCCAGUUCGACGGUAGCUGCUUUCUUACAAACAUCCGUGAAAACUCGAGUAGAAGCGGGUUAGAGUCUUUGCUGCAGAAACUCUUCUCCACGUUACUGAAUGAUAGAGAUCUAGAGAUCGGAGCUCCUGGAAAUGCACAUGAGAGGUUUGAGCGUCGGCUUAAGAGCAAGAGGCUGCUUAUUGUGCUUGAUGAUGUGAACGAUGAGAAGCAGAUAAGGUAUCUAAUGGGGCACUCCAAAUGGUAUCAGGGAGGAAGUAGAAUCAUCAUAACUACUAGAGAUAGUAAACUAGUCGAGGCGGUCAAGGGUCGAAAAUAUGUGCUCCCUAAACUGAAUGAUAGAGAAGCCCUGAAGCUCUUUUGCUUGAAUGCAUUUAACGACUCUUGCCCUUUAAAAGAGUUUCAAAGUUUGACAAAUAUGGUUCUGGAUUAUGCUAAGGGACACCCUUUGGCGCUUAAGGUGUUAGGGUCUGAUCUUUGUGAGAGGGAUAAUCAGUACUGGGAAGAUAAAUUGGAUAGGCUGACAAGUAAAUCACAUGGAGAUAUCUAUGAAGUUCUGGAAACAAGCUAUGAGGAGCUUAGCAUUGAGCAGAAGAAUGUUUUUCUGGAUAUUGCAUGUUUCUUCAGAUCAGAGAAAGUGGACUACGUGAAAAGCCUCCUCAACAGUCAUGGUGUGGAUGUGUCUAGCGUGAUAGAGGAUCUACUUGACAAAUGUUUGAUUACUCUUUCUGAUGAUCGCAUCGAGAUGCAUGACAUGUUGCAGACUAUGGGCAAAGAGAUUAGCUUAAAAGCAGAAACCAUCGCAAUAAGAAACUCUAGGUGGCUAUCACCACAUGGCACCCCGUUUCAGUCGCAUAUCAGACUAUGGGAUAGUGACUAUAUUUGUUACCUUCUAACUAAGGGCUUGGGAACUGACAUGAUAAGAGGAAUUUUCCUGGACACAUCAAAACAAGGAGCAAUGCGGCUAAGCGCCAAAGCUUUCAAAGGGAUGUGCAAUCUCAAGUACCUGAAAAUUUAUGAUUCUCGUUGCUCACGUGGAUGUGAAGUGGAUUGUAAAAUUAUCCUACGUAAGGGGCUUGAUUUCCUUUCUGAUGAGCUUACAUAUCUACACUGGUAUGGAUGCCCACUACAGAGUCUCCUUCUGAACUUUGACCCCAAGAACCUUGUAGACCUUAAGCUUCCAUAUAGUGAGUUAGAAGACAUUUGGGACCAAGACAAGGAUGCUGGAAUGCUCAAAUGGGUGGAUCUCAGUCACUCGUUGAGAUUAAGCCGAUGUUCAGGUUUGGCUAAUGCUCAAAAUCUUGAGAGGUUGAAUCUAGAAGGAUGUACAAGUUUGAAGAAGUUGCCAUCAUCCAUGAAAUGUUUGGAGAAGCUUAUUUACCUAAAUCUCAGGGAGUGCACAAGUCUCAAGAAUCUUCCAAAAGGACUCAAAACUCAAUCCUUGGAAACUCUUAUUCUCAGUGGCUGCUCCAGUUUCAGGAAAUUCCCAAUGAUCUCAGAAAAUGUUGAAGUUUUACUUUUAGAUGGCACAGCAAUAAAGAGUCUUCCUGAAUCCAUUGAAAGCUUGAGAAAACUUGCUUUGCUGAAUUUGAAAAACUGCAAAAAGCUGAAGCAUCUUUCUUCUGAUCUUUAUGAGCUGAAAUGUCUCCAAGAGCUAACACUCUCAGGAUGCUCACAGCUAGAAGUUUUUCCGGAAAUCAAGGAAGCCAUGGAAUCUUUGGAGAUUUUACUUCUGGAUGAUACAGCCAUCACUGAGAUGCCAAACAUCAAGCAUCUAAGAAAUAUCAAGACAUUUUCUUUGUGUGGAACAAGCAGUCAAGUUUCUGUUAGUAUGUUCUUCUUGCCACCUCCAUUGGGCUGCUCUCAGUUAACGGAUCUUUACCUCUCACGAUGCGGUCUGGACAAACUACCAGAUGAUAUAAGUGGCCUAUCCUUGUUGCAGUCUUUAUGCUUAAGCGGAAACAACAUUGAGACUCUGCCAGAGAGAUUCAACCAGCUUCAUAAUCUGAAAUGGUUUGAUCUUAAGUAUUGCAAAAUGCUCAAGUCUCUACCUACCCUUCCACAAAACCUUCAAUAUCUGGAUGCUCAUGAGUGUGAGUCACUUGAAACUCUGGCAAAUCCAUUGACUCCUUUGACAGUAGGAGAGAGGAUACAUUCUAUGUUCAUCUUUACCAACUGUCAGAAGCUGAACCAAGAUGCUCAAGAGUGUCUGGUAGGUCAUGCUCGGGUCAAGAGUCAGUUGAUGGCUAAUGCUUCUGUGAAACGUUAUUACCGGGGAUUUAUACCAGAACCUCUGGUUGGAAUCUGUUACCCGGCGAAUGAAAUACCAAGCUGGUUCUGCCACCAAAGACUAGGACAUUCACUAGAAAUCCCAUUGCCUCCUCAUUGGUGUGACACUAACUUUGUUGGACUUGCCUUAUCUGUAGUUGUCUCAUUCAAAGACUAUGAAGACCGUGCUAAGCGUUUCUCGGUUAAGUGCUCCGGCAAAUUCGAUAACCAAGAUGGUUCCUUCACAGGAUUUGACUUUACGCUGGCCGGCUGGAACGAACCCUGUGGAUCGCUUAGCCAUGAACCAAGAAAGCUUACUUCUGACCAUGUUUUUAUGGGAUACAACAGUUGCUUCUACGUCAAGAAACUCCAUGGAGAGAGUAGCAGCUGCUGUUACACAAAGGCUUCUUUCGAAUUCUAUGCAACGGAUGAUGAAAGGAAGAAGAAGCUCGAGACUUGUGAGGUGGUCAAAUGUGGGAUGAGUUUAGUGUAUGUUCCUGAUGAUGAUACUUGUAUGUUGUUGAAGAAGACGAAUCUGGUUCAGUUGAGUACGAAGACCAAACCAAGCUGUUCCUACGGUCUUGAUGAUGUCAGACUCAAGAGAGGACGAUGCCAGGUUGGUGGUGGUGAUGAAGAAGCAGAUUGUAAGAGAACGAAAGAGAAGAUUUUGGUGUGAUAAAAAAUUAUAAUUCAGAUAUUUAACAGUUAUUUGUUUAUUUUGUUGUAAGCAACUAACCAGAUCUAUGUCUUGUAUUUGUAAUUUUGUACGUAUCAAUUUCAAAUCAACAAGUUUUUUUAGUUUUUAA